AUGCCAACCGUCUCGUCUCGCGAGCCGACGAAACGCGUCAUCGCUUACUAUUACAAUUAUAGGUGCGCAUACAUAAACGCGUCAGUAGCAGCGAUCGGGCCGUUUCACUCGUGUGCUACCCCAUAUGUACACAUAUGCUACACUCACUGUUGUCUAGCGACACGCACACGAGCGGAGCCGUCGAAUCGUUGCGCCUUCCAAUUGAGCACACCACUACAACGAGACAGACUGCGCGCGUGUAGAGGUGUCUAUGAUACGCGGCUCGCGCGCCUGUGUGCGACGACAUCGGGGCAGCCGGUGCACCGUCGCCCGCCCGACCUCCCCGCUACGCGACUGCGAACACCGCGGCGCGGCGCGGUCGCCCCUGCCAUCGAUAGAAACACGGCAUUGUGGAUAACACUGACUCAAAUAAUGCUCUCGGUACAAGUGCCGGGGUGCGCGGGAAUGGAGCGGUUGGGCGCGCCAGGGGGACCGCGCCUUCGUCACGAACUCAGGCACCAUCAUUCCUCACUGGAAUGGGAGAAACAGCAAAGGCUGCAGGCGAUGGUCGGUCGUCUGCAAGAGAUGGUCGAGCAGGAGUCGCGGGCGAGGUCAGCAGCAGCAGCAGAGAGGCUCGGUCUACCGCCCAGUAUACAGCUGCCAGACGGCGAAUACGGUCAGGACGCGCACCUGCAAUUACGAGUCCCUUAUCAGCAAGCCGAGCUGACGCGAAGCAGCUUUCAACCUCCGCCAAACAAAUGCGUAAGCGACGUGCCCGAAUGGGCAGGCGCGGUAGACACGGGUGCCGGGGUGCGGCGCGGCGGCGGGACGAGCGGCGCCAGCGGCCCCGGCAGCAAAAAAGACGGGCUGCUGCAGAAAGCGACGCGGUGGUGGGUGCGCAUGGGCGCUCGUCCGCCACCCGCCUUCCUGCCCGCAGCUGCGCCGCCCCCGUGCGUGAUGGUCCCGCGUCGCGCUGCACCCUCACCGCCGCCCGACGCGUGA